UUCAGCCAAUCGGGAUGCGGCGUGGACCCCUCCUGCAACCGGCGCUGGGGGGCUGCGGGAGGCGGGGCUGUGGCUGUUGGAGGAGGCGUUGGCAGCAGCGGCGAAGGCGACGCGUCCCAGCCGGCCCGAGUCUCCCGCUGUCCCGGCAGGCCUGGGAUGGGUAAUGAUGUGAAGGAAGGCGCGGUGCGUUUGCAGGAGGAUGCCGAGCCCGUCUCCUCAAAGGGUGAUCACAGGGAAGUUCUCAGCUCCCUUCUGUCCGGGGCUCUGGCUGGGGCUCUUGCCAAAACGGCAGUAGCUCCCCUAGACCGGACCAAAAUCAUCUUCCAAGUGUCUUCAAAAAGAUUUUCUGCCAAGGAGGCCUUCCGGCUCCUCUACUUCACCUACCAGCGCGAGGGCUUCCUGAGCUUGUGGCGCGGGAACUCGGCCACCAUGGUGCGCGUCGUCCCGUACGCCGCCAUUCAGUUCAGCGCGCACGAGGAGUACAAGCGCAUCCUGGGCCGCUACUACGGUUUCCGCGGAGAAGCCCUGCCCCCCUGGCCCCGCCUCCUGGCCGGCGCUCUGGCUGGAAUCACGGCCACCUCGCUGACCUACCCCCUGGACCUGGUCAGAGCCAGGAUGGCCGUGACCCCAAAGGAGAUGUACAGCAACAUCUUCCACGUCUUCAUCCGGAUCUCCCGAGAGGAGGGUUUGAAGACCCUUUACCACGGAUUCACACCCACCGUGCUGGGGAUCAUUCCCUACGCGGGGCUGACCUUCUUCACCUAUGAGACGCUCAAAAGCCUGCACAGAGAGUACGGCAGCCGGCCGCAGCCCUACCCCUUUGAGCGCAUGAUCUUCGGGGCCUGCGCCGGCCUCAUCGGGCAGUCGGCCUCGUACCCGCUGGACGUGGUGCGCCGGCGCAUGCAGACAGCUGGCGUCACCGGCCGUCAGCAUGCCUCCAUCGCGCACACGCUGCGCGCCAUCGUACGGGAGGAGGGCGCCGUGCGUGGCCUCUACAAGGGCCUGAGCAUGAACUGGAUCAAGGGCCCCAUCGCCGUGGGCAUCAGCUUCACCACCUUCGACCUCAUGCAGAUCCUGCUGCGGCACCUGCAGAGCUAGGCGCUCCUUACGGCAGCCACGGGGGACAGGGUGCCGCAGUGGCCCGCCAACCCCGUUUGUUUCUGAGCCUGUGGAGCAGUCGCGUGCCUGGUUCUACCCCGGAGCCACGUCAGAGAGUCUGGUGCAACAAGCUGAGGAGCCUAGGCUUGGCACCCACAGAUCCGAAAGGAGCGGCAGCGUCCUUUGAAGUGCGUGCAGUGUCCUGCCCCCUCUCCGCAGGGUGCACUGCCUCCUGGAGGUGUGGCCCCCAACGCCCCGAGUCGCGGGGGUGACCAGCGCCGCUGCCUGGCUCUCUGUGACCUUAGACACGCCCCUGGUUCUGGUGACCCUGUCCUCACUGGGCCCAGAGCCAGACUCCGCCCGCCUACAUGUCAGCAGGAGGGGGAAGCCUGGCCUCCCGUGGUGGGAUGGGCCCAGCCUCCUGCUCAGCUGUGGCUACAGUGCGGCCUCUCGCCCGGCCCCACCACACCCCGCCUGACCUGCCCUUGCCAUUACUUCCCAGGUGACACACUUCAUCACCAGAUCCUCCUGCUCAGGAGGAACCUUUUCCCCUGAGACUAUUAUCGGGAUCCUGGAGUGUUCGGCCCGACUGGGACCCUGGGAGUUAGUUUUCCCCUCUGUCGCCUACCCUCAUGGUUUGUAACGCUGCCUCCAGACAGCAGGGUUUGAGGAACCCAUGGGUUUGGGUCUGAGCCCUAACGCAGAGGCAUUUACUAAAAACUGGACGUCCAGGUCACUUCCUUGAGAUCAGGAACCUGUCACCUCUGUCCCACUGGCUGCACCAACAGAGGCCAGGCCCAGGCUGUGACCCUCUGCCCACAGGCACAGCAGCUGCUAGGGGGACCCAUGGCAUCUGGCACACCCCAGUCUCCCUACCUAAGCAGGCACUUGCCCGGGACAUGGAGCAGUUGGAGGCCUACAGGGCUGUCUGUGCACAGAGCACACAGAGGUGGCUGGCAGCUUUGACCCUCUCAGAGAGCCCCAAGACAGCGCACAGCCUGGAGGCAGGAAGCUCAAAAAAGUCUGGAUUCCUCCAGGGAGCUAGUCUCAUGGAGAAGUCCCCUGGGGCCUGCUGGGUGUCACAGGGUCUCAGAAACACCCAUUUCCUAAUGAUAUUUGAGUCUCUUUAUUUUUUUGGCUUUGUUUUUAGAUUUGGCUGACCUCGGGUCUAUUUGCAGCACACCCUGACCAUCCUAUGUGGUGCCAGGAUGAGGUCACCCCGAGGGUGGGUGGGUGUCACAGGUGGCUCCGCAGCCAGGCUGUGUGAAAGGGCCUGAGGGGGGGUGCCACAUGCACAUUUCCAGUAGUGGCUUUCAUUUCUUCCCUUUGUCUUGUCCUGUUUCCGUUCUUCUUGCCUUGAACCGGGGGGUUUGAAGAUCCCUCUUUCUGUCCUUCCUUGCAUGUGUUUGCCUAACCAGCUGCAGUCUGUCCCCAGACGCCCAGGGAGCCUGUGACCACCAUCCUGUUGGGCGAGCAUCCCAUCCGCCUUGCCCAGCACCCAGGCUCUGCAGGGGCCUCUCAGGGAGAUGGCACGGGGAUCCAGGGCCCCCUGGCCAGAGAGAGCAGUGGGGAGGGGGUCCACCCCAGGCGGUGAGAGCAGACGCAUGGUUGGGCAGCACCCUGCUUGGAGCUACAGGCCAGGCAGGAUGGGGGAGGGUCCCCUGCUGGCCCCAGAGUGCCUCCCUGAGGCUCCAGCCAGUGGGCGUCCUUGCACUACCCCCGCCCACAGCCCCGCCCAUAGCUGCACUGGGGCCCUCUGACCCCACCCAGUGGUUGCCCUUCCUGGUCUGGAGUUACAUUUUGAUGCCAUGAAGACAUUUAGUUUAUAUAUUUUGAAGAUUUGUGCCAAGAGAAUAUAUUUAAUAAAAACUAAAAUGACUUUC